AACUGUGAUGUAAAGCUGCAAGAGCAUGACACUAUGUCAUUUGAAAGAUUUCAGCUCGUCGGGAAAAUGACUUUGUGAAUACCGAAAUGUGUAAUUAUGAAGUUGGGGUUGCUGGUCACAGGGGCCCUUCCCCCCUUCCCGAUGCCUGUCACAGAGCAGCCGUGCUGGGCUUCAUCUGAAGGGAUGCACCAUGGUGUGAUCGCACGUCUGUCCUGCCCCAGACUCAAUGAAUCGCACGAAUGAAUGGACACUACUGUGGCAAAGGGAAUUAGCUCGGUUGCAUAGGGACUUUGGAUUCGGGAACACUGGAGCAGGUCGGAGAGCGUUGGAUUUUUAUUUGAAGAAGUGCCGUGGAUACUUCAAGGAGUGUUUUAGGAAGAUGUCUGAGUCGGGAGCCGAGGCGUCUACAUCUCAGCCUCAAAAGCGGAAGCAGGUAGUCCAUGGUCUGGAUGAUCAGAAAAAGAUCUACACGGACUGGGCGAAUCACUACUUGGCCAGAUCUGGACACAAGCGUCUGAUUAAAGACCUGCAGCAGGAUGUGAGCGAUGGCGUGCUGCUGGCGGAGAUCAUCCAGGUUAUCGCAAACGAGAAGAUUGAGGACAUUAAUGGAUGCCCUAAGAGUCGUUCUCAGAUGAUUGAGAACAUUGAUGCCUGUCUGAGCUUCCUAGCAGCCAAAGGUGUGAACAUACAGGGACUAUCAGCUGAAGAGAUCCGGAAUGGAAAUCUGAAAGCCAUCUUGGGACUUUUCUUUAGCCUGUCUCGAUACAAGCAGCAGCAGCAGGCGUUCAGACAGACACACACGCAACACACACAUUCACACACUCCCUUAAGCCAGCAGAGCAGCGCUCCGGCCCAGCUGAUCUCCACCUCGCAUGGGACACACACCUCAACCUCUCACACACACAGAACACAGGCAGAGAUGCAGUCCAGGGAUGGCUCUCAGAGUAAACUCAAGUUUUCCAUUGGUCAGAAAAAGUCUUCUAGAUUACCUGGGCCCACCUCGAGGAUGUCCACUGCGGGCAGUGAGAGUUCUCCUCGAGGGUCCAUCAGUUCAGCAGGGAAUCGCCGCAGUCAGGUGUUCAGCGAUAAAGCCAAACCUGCAGCAGCUCAGGCCAAAGAAUCAUCAGAGAGUAUCACCUCACAAGGCGUGACUGAGCACGCUCUGGUGUCCGCCUGCACCUCUGUUAGCACCAGCACUGUGGCAUCUUCAUCUUCGUCAUCAGCCAUCCCCCAUCCCAACUCGAGUAGCAAACCCUGGAGAAUCAAAUCUCAGAGCACCAAGCACACUGCUACCUCCUCCGCUUCCUCAACGGUGCUUUCCAUCAAGCCAGAUCUCCAAGCCAAGCAGCCCGUGCCUGCAGAUCCACCACCGAAAGCUGUGCCUCAGAAGUCCAUGCUGGAGAAACUCAAACUUUUCAAUAGCAAAGGAGGCUCCAAAUCAUCCGCGCAAACAGAGGGCGCUGUUACGCCGACAGCGGGAAAAGAUGCCGGCUUGGGUUCGGAAAGAGUCGAGGCUGGUUCCAAUACAGAACCCUUUGUGGAAACGGAUGGUAAUGUCAGACCCACGAACGGAUCAAGUUCUUUUAACAUGACGACCAGCAGCCCAAAGAUUGCUCUGAAGGGCAUUGCGCAGCGGACAUUUAGCCGGGCGCUCACGGCAAAAAAAGCCUCAACUAAAACUGUAGAGAAAGAGAAGGAAAAAGCUAAGGACAAGGAAAAAAACGGGAAGGAGUCCAAGCGUGUCCCUGCCUCGGAAAAGGUAGAGACCAAAGAAGAGGUUAAGGAGGAAGUUGUUCCCUCAAGCGGAGUUGCUCUCUCAGAGGCAGAGCCAAGGAAAGCCUCCAAGAUCGGCAUCUUUAUACCCAAAGGCGGCAAGGUGGGCGUUACCAAGAAAGAUAGCUCCGCCCCUGCACAUAGCGGAAUUCCAAAACCAGGAAGUAAAAGCACAGGAAAUGGAGCGGUAAAAAGCUCAGCGCUGCCUCUCGGUGGUAAAGAUAAUGAGAGGCCACGCAGUAUGCGUCUGGGAGGGGGUCUGGGACUUCAUAGGGACAGUCGGCAUUCCUCGUCUUCUUCCAGCCUGGCUUCCACCGAGGGCAAAGGACACCAAACGCACAGUGGUGCCCCAUUGGCCAACGGGACACAAUCCACGGCCUGCAACACGGUCAGUGUGCAGCUGCCUCAACCCCAGCAGCAGUACAACCACCCCAACACAGCCACCGUAGCACCCUUCAUGUACAGGUCUCAGAAUGAGAUAGAUGGAAACAUUGGCUCAAACCCAAGCUCUGGAUGCCUCAGUAGUGACUCCUGUAGCUUCAGUAAGAUCAGCCAGUCUUCAACUGAGGACCUGUCAGGUGAAGAUCCAGAGUCCAGACGCCUGAGGACAGUCAAAAACAUUGCUGACCUGAGACAAAAUUUAGAAGAGACCAUGUCAAGUUUGCGGGGGACGCAAAUCACACACAGUACACUGGAGACCACUUUUGAUGGUAGCGUGACCACUGAAAUGAGCGGUCGCAGCAUCCUCAGCAUGGCAUCCCGACCUGCGCCGCUGUCCUGGGCCAGUCGCAUGGGCCAGUCCAGUCCCCGUCUACAAGCAGGAGAUGCUCCCUCGGUCGGUAACGGGUAUCAGUCCCGGAGCGGAGGGGUGGCGUCUGGCCAAGGCCGGUAUCUGUACCCGGGUCCUCUCCGGAAGCAGCUGGCAGCGCGUGGCAGUGCCCUCUGUGGUCUGGAGCUGGGGGACAGGGUGGAGGAUCUGGAGCUGGCAGGAGUGGGGCUGGAGAUGAGUGGAUAUAUGAGUGAUGGAGACGUGCUGGCGAAGAACGCCCGCACUGAUGAGCUGACCAGCGGGUACAUGACGGAUGGGGGAUUGAGUCUGUAUACGCGGCGAUUGAACCGGAUGCCGGAUGGAAUGGCAAUGGUACGGGAAAGUCUGCAGCGUAAUGCCUCCACCGGCCAGGGAGACGCCGACAGUUGGGAUGACAGCAGUUCAGUCAGCAGUGGGAUCAGUGAUGCUAUUGAUACUGAUGACAUCAACACCAGCUCCUCCAUAAGCUCCUAUGCCAACACCCCCGCCGCGUCCCGUAAGGCCCUGAAUGGACAGACAGACACAGAGAAGCAUUCAGCAGGCGAACGCAACACUGCUUGGUCCAGUGAUGAGGUCAAGAAGUCGGAUGGGGGUUUGGAUUGUGGCAUCAAAAUGGAUGGAGGUCUGAAGUGGCGGAGGAACCCUUCAGAUGUGUCGGAGGAGUCAGAUAAGAGCAGCUCUGGGCGAAAAACUGCACCCAUCUCUCAGACCGGCUCAUGGAGGAGGGGCAUGAGUGCACAGGUGGGCGUGACCGUACCCCGGACCAAAAGUUCAACCGGAACCACUGGAACCGGCGCCAUUAAGACACAAGGGACAGGUAAAACAGAUGACGCUAAGGUCUCGGAAAAAGGCCGUAUGUCUCCCUCUUCCAACAUCGUCCAGCAUUCUUCCUCAGACGCCGGUCGAAGCAGCGGAGACGAAGCCAAGAAAACCCCAGCAGGUCGAGUCCCCACAAGUACAUUCGGUUUCAAGAAGCCCAACGGCGUCCACACUGUGGGAACCACCUCCAGCAUCACACUGGUCACAGCGAGCGGUGCCACCAUUACCAGCGGCUCCGCCACCCUGGGCAAGAUUCCCAAAUCAUCCGCACUUCUGGUUGGUGGGAGAGGGUCUUUAAAAGGGGCUGUGGAUGGUUUAUUGCCCCCUCAGGAGGAUGGCUACCUGUCCCCCAGUGCUCGUUCAACACUGCAGUACCGUAGUCUUCCUCGACCGUCCCGCUCCGGAGCCGCGGCCCGCAACGGGAACCGAUCGUCCACAAGCAGCAUCGAGUCGAGCCUGAGUGCCCGAACGCCCGUCCUUACUACCAUCACAGCCAAUAAGCCGAGAGAUUCCGCCCCUAAAACCAACGGGCACGUAAUCCAAGCCAAUCAGACGGACAAAGAGAAGGGCGUGACUUCAGAGAUGGACAACCUGAGAUCCAGUCCGAUAGUUUCGGGAGGAGGGGCUGCUACUAUUCCUCAGACAGCGAGGCAGGGGAACAAGUACAGUGAGGUCUCGUCCCCUACACUGCGAAGACUUUUUGGAGGUAAGGCUGCCAAGCAAGCCCCAGUCACCACUGCAGAGAGCAUGAAAAACUCUGUGGUCAUCUCCAACCCCCACGCUACCCUUGGGCACACCCAGUCCUCCGGCGGGCCCUUGGACUCCCCCUCCACAGUGCCAGGUAGUGGCAGCAGCAGUCCCCUGUACGGGGGUCGCGGCGCCAGCGUAGGGGGCAGCGAACAAGCUUCGAGCCCUGGUUCGGUGUACUCUACGGGCACAGGGACCUGGGGAACCACCAUCAGCAGCUCUUCGGCUCUCGGGUACCCCUCUGUGAGCAGCAUGCACACCAGCAGCGAGUCCAUUGACAUGUCUGUAGGCAGCGGGCAUCACCGUGAGGAUGUUCACCUGGCACUGAUGAGAACGGGUAGCGCCAAGAUGGGCAUGUCAGAGAGUCCCCUCUCCUCUCCCUCUGCGAGUCCUAAAUUCAGCCGUAACACAUUGCCACGGAAGCAAGACAGCGAUUCCUGCAGUGAUAGAAGCACGCUUCCCAAGAGGGGACUCAAGUACAGGUACGCCCCUUCACCACAGCUGCGUCAGGAAGAGGCGCGUGAUUGGCUGCGCUCACAUUCGGCUGGUGGAUUGCAGGAAUCAGCCAGUAACUCUCCCUUCUCCACCGGUUCCAGCUUGACGUCACCGUCUGGAACAAGAUUUAACUUUGCUCAACUUGGAAGCCCCACAACAGGUGCUCAGAUUAACCUGGCCAGCCUUCGCAACAACAGCCUGACCAAUCAGGACGUCCCGCUGGACAGCCAUGGUGAUUCCCGUCUGCGCAACUCCUGCAUGUCGCUGGAUGAGAAGACCCGCACCAUGAGCCGGUCGGGAUCUUUCAGGGACGGGUUCGAGGAAGUUCAUGGAUCGUCCCUCUCUCUGGUGUCCAGUACCUCAUCUGUCUAUUCAACGACGGAGGAGAAAUCACAUUCAGAGAUCCGCAAGCUGCGUCGAGAACUGGACUCCUCCCAGGAAAAGGUGUCCGCCCUGACGACACAACUCAGUGCCAAUGCCCACCUGGUGGCAGCGUUUGAGCAGAGUUUAGGCAACAUGACCAUCCGCCUGAAGAGCCUCACCAUGACCGCAGAACAGAAAGACUCUGAGCUGAACGAGUUGAGGAAAACCAUUGAGCUGCUAAAGAAGCAAAACGCAGUAGCUCAAGCAGCCAUCAACGGUGUCAUCAACACCCCAGAACUCUCCUGCAAGAGUGAACGCACAGGUAAAAAUGGUUCGUCCCCAGGAGCGCAGCCGGACCUGCGCAUGCGCAGACAGCACUCGUCGGACAGCGUCUCCAGUAUCACCAGUGCCACCAGCCACUCCAGCCUGGGCUCCAACAUGGACAACCCCGACUCCAACAGCAAGAAGAAGAAGAAGAACUGGCUGCGGAGCUCCUUCAAACAGGCCUUCAGUAAGAAGAAAUCACCCAAGUCGGCCUCAUCCCACUCAGACAUCGAGGAGAUGACGGAUUCCUCUCUCCCUUCCUCUCCCAAACUCCCUCACAACGGCACCGGCACCUCAGCACUGCUGCUCCGCAACACACACUCCAGCUCAAUACUGUCGGACUGUCUGGAUGGGGAGGCGGAGACUGUGAUGCAGUUGCGUAAUGAGCUGCGAGAGAAGGAGAUGAAGUUGACGGAUAUUCGACUGGAAGCCUUAAGCUCCGCCCACCAGCUGGACCAGCUGCGCGAGGCUAUGAACCGCAUGCAGGUGGAGAUCGAGAAGCUAAAGACGGAAAAUGAUCGUCUUAAGUUGGAAAGCCAUGCCAGUGGAAGCAGGGCGUCCUCUCAAGUGUCCGUCUAUAACCCAACUCCGACCCCGACGCCUGGCCUGUCUCAACACAGCCUCAAUCUCACAGAGUCCACCAGCUUCGACAUGUUGCUGGAUGACUCAGGUGGAGACGGAAGCUCUCGGAAAGAGAGCAGACAUGUGAAAAUAGUUGUCAGUCUUCAAGAGGACGUCAUGUGGAGAGAGGACAGCAGGAAUCGAGAUUUCCUGAUCGGCUGCAUUGGUGUCAGUGGAAAAACCAAGUGGGACGUUCUUGAUGGAGUUGUACGGCGCUUGUUUAAGGAGUACAUCAGGCAUGUUGAUCCGGUCAGUCAUCUGGGUCUGGGUUCAGACAGUGUUGAGGGCUAUCGUAUUGGAGAUGUGAUCCGCUCCAGCGGGACAGACACACCUGAACUCCUGCCGUGUGGAUACCUCGUGGGAGAGAAUGACACGAUCAACGUCUCGCUGAAAGGUGUGAACUCCCAGUCCCAGGAUUCUCUGGUCUUCGAGACGUUGAUUCCCAAGCCCAUGCUCCAGCGCUACGUGUCUUUGCUCCAGGAACAUCGCAGGAUCAUCCUUUCAGGCCCCAGUGGCACUGGAAAAUCCUACCUGGCCCACAGACUGGCGGAGCAUCUGGCACUGCGAGAGGGAAAACUGCCCAAUGAGAGCAGCAUCGUCACCUUCAAUGUCGACCACAAAUCCAGCAAAGAGUUGCGUCAGUACUUGGCAAAUAUAGUGGAUCAGUGCAGUGCUGACGGGCCGGAGACUGAAGCCCCUCUUGUGCUCAUCCUGGAUAACCUUCAUCACGUCAGCUCACUGGGAGAGAUGUUCAACGGCUUGCUGAACUGCAAAUACCAGCGCUGCCCGUAUAUAAUCGGCACGAUGAGUCAGGCGACAUCUUCUGCUCCAAACCUGCAGCUUCAUCAUAACUUCAGAUGGGUGCUGUGUGCUAAUCACAUGGAGCCGGUGAAAGGUUUCCUGGGCCGGUUUCUGAGGAGGAAGCUGAUCGAGACUGAGAUCGGCAGCCGAACACGGACCCUGGAGCUGGUGAAGAUCAUCGACUGGAUCCCUCAAGUCUGGCACCACCUCAACCGCUUCCUGGAGGCUCACAGCUCCUCUGAUGUGACCAUUGGUCCACGUUUGUUCCUGUCGUGUCCGAUGGAUGUGGACGGUUCUCGUGUUUGGUUCACUGACCUGUGGAACUACUCCAUCAUCCCCUACAUGCUGGAGGCCGUGAGAGAAGGCUUACAGCUGUAUGGUCGCAGGGCGGCAUGGGAGGAUCCUGCGCUGUGGGUUCUGGAAACUUUUCCCUGGGCAGCUUCUCAUCAGCAUCCUGAUUGGCCAGCUUUGUUGCAGCUCCGCCCAGAGGAUGUGGGCUUUGAUGGAUACUCCGCCUCCAGAGAGGGCCUUAACAAACAGAGCACUCAGAGCGACAGCGACGCCGACCCACUGAUGAACAUGCUCCUGCGUCUGAAAGAGGCGGCCGGCUGCUCCAACCCGCAGAGUUACGACAGCGACUCCAACAGCAACAGUCAUCAUGAUGAUAUCCUGGACUCUUCCCUGGAGUCCACACUCUGAUCCAGCCUUGAAAUCAAGUCUACAUGAAAUCACAACGGGUGCUGGUAACCCAAAUAAAGACGCGAAUAUAUAAAAAGAUAUAUAUAUAAAGAAAUAUAUAAACGGCAAAACUCAACGGCACUCUAAGCUGCCUCUUGAGAACCACUUAAAUUUUACAUCGGCAAAAUCAUCAGAAGAAAGUGCUUUGUCCCAAUUUUUACCUCAAAAGUGAAAGAGCGGUCACGUGAGCGAAAUUAUGCGAAUUGUCAAU